AUGGACACAGAAGCAGUGGGUCCAGUGUCAGUGACCUCACGGCCGGAGCCAAGGCCCGCAGCCAUCGAGCCACCAGCUUCUGGAAGCCUCGACGAGAGCAGCCCAGAUGCAGUCGAGGCCACCGAGGAGGAGGAUCCCUGGACCCAGCAUUACAGCGGGGUGAGUCUCACUCGUCGUGGCAUGGGUGGUGGCAUGACGAUUGGUGGCGCUACAACGGUGGGGAGAGUGAUGACGAGACGGGUGAGACUUUGGAGAUCCUUCCGGAUGUGGUUCUGGGUUGGCUCCUGCUGCAAAAGAACCAGAGCCAAAUUGAAGACCUCGAAAGACACCUCGAAGUUGACGAUGGCGGUGAAGGCCCCCUCCACGUGCACCAAGAAGGAGUGCCUGGCCGAGCUGGCGUCCUUCGGCCAGUCGCUCUGUCUGGAGCUCAGUGUGGAGGAGCCGGGCCACCUGGUGAGGAAGAAUCGCGUCGAGCAUGGCUACAUGAAGGGCAAGAUCGACGGUGAGCCGGACCUGAUGGACCGCGUCGUGAGGGAGACUGUGGCCAAUUUCGGCCGCCACAAGGGCCGCAGCUUCAAGGAGAUUGCCGAGAUGGACAUGCAGUACCUUCGCUGGGCAGUGCGGGAGACCCACACCCAUGGCGGUGUCCAUUGGCAGCUUGUGCAGAUGACAGAUUACGACCAGCGCGAGGCCUCACCACCAAAGAACCCCAAGGAGGAGCCCGUGAGCAGCUCGAACAACAACACCACGAACCAGGAGCUUAUCCCGAUCUUCCGUGCCUUGAAGAAAGAAGUGCGUGCCAUGAAGGAGGCUCAGUCCGAAGAAGCCGCUGGCUCCAAGUCCUUUGUGACCAUCCUCAAAGAGGGGUGCAAAGACCAUGGGGAGAACACGCAGCCUAAGAUCUCCCAAAAGGAUGUGGUGACCAGAGUGGUUGGAGGUGCCCAGCAGGUGACUGACCUGUUCGAGGAGGCCCGACCAGGAGAGGCUGCUUCACAGGUUUGGUGCCCAGACCGGUCCCUAGCCCAAGUGUAG